AUGUUGUCACAAUUUGUUUACGGGGUAACGCCCGGAGGCCUGGGUGCGGGGUUGGUCAGCGAGGGGGGGGGGAGGGGGUUGCGGGGAGGGGGGCGGGAGGUGCUGGGAGUGGGCGGGACAGUGGGGGGGGGUGGGGCGGGGGGUGGGGGGGGGGGGGGAGGGUUGGUGCCCCAUCUCAAGUCUGUUUAUCUUGCACCAAACCUUACGGGAUGGGCCACGCCCCCCCCAUUUUCAAUAGAAACACUUACCCGAGUCUGA